UGUACACAGUGGACCCCGCGCCGGUCAGCCAGGGUACCAUCACUUGCUUACACUGUCGACGUUGUCCCUCCCUAACGUCGCGACCUUGACCACGAGUCUAUUUGCGUAAACGCAACACUCCGCUGAGGGCUGCUUCUGUUGUGCCCUCGGCUGCUCACCAAUUCCUUGAAUGCCAGCAUCCAAUACGACGAGAUACUCCGCAUCAAGAAGGACAGACGCAUACUGCGACUCUGCACAGUUAGAAGACGCAUCAGCAGUGGCUGAUCAAGAAGGAACAAGACCAAGCAAGAGGAAGGCAAAGCAUGCUACUUCAAAACAGUCACCUCACAGGGACGAUGCCGACGAGAGCAUUUCUGUCGAGCACAUGGGUCACCAAGAACCACCCUCAUCAGCCAAACCACAGUCUAUCCUUGGACAAUUGCAGCAGACAUACCCUCAAAACAGCAGGAACAAGAAUGCCUCUGACGCUAUGAACAAUGUGAGCGCCAUUCAAAAGGUCUCCGAUGAACAUACCCCGCCUGCAGAUACAUGGGCGCGAAAUUCUGCUUAUGGCAGAUCACCUCCAGCCGAACGUAUGCCUGGAUUGAGUGCGGCCGGCCCGACUUCGUACGAACCUGGCUUUAGCAGUCGAGGCGCCUUCAACACUAGAAGUCCACCGAUCUCGCCACCAGUGCGAAAGGCCAGGCCUGUGAGUUAUGGGGGUAGCAUCCCUCCACUGCCGGGCCACCCAAGAGUAUCAACAUCACCUUACGGAUAUGCUUAUGGAUCUCCUCAAGCAUUACCACACCUCCCGCAGCAACAUUUCUACGGUCCUCACGAUGUUGACCUUGGGCUUGCACAUCAUAUGGGCCAGAUGAAUGUGCAGGAUCCGGUUGCACUCAAGUUUGCACGUAUCCCCGGUCCUGGAACGGAGUACCGCGAGGCAGUACUUUUAGUCGGCGUUGGAGAGCUGAACAUACUCUGUCAAAAUGGCGAGAAACUGGAACUCAUAGGAUCUCUCAGAGGCAUAGAGGGAGAUAUACUCGAUGCUUGUCUGCUGACAUGCAACGCCAGCGACGAUCCAUUCUUGGAGUACAGACCAUUGGUGGCACUUACAAUCCAUGGCGUUGGAAAAGAGGAAGGUGCUCCCGUCCCGUCUGUGGAACGCAACGCGCGAGUCGGGCCUGAUACGUAUAUGGAGACCAAGGUUAUGGUAUUUUCACUGAACAAGUGCUGCCAGAUCGCAGAGCUGUUGCGUGUGCCAUCCACAGGUCCAGCAUUUCCCGGGGCCCGGGGUGGUUAUGAACCUGCCACGACAUUGAAUAUACAUGCAAGCGGGAACUCUUGUGUGGUAGCGUCAAGCGACAGUGGUGAACUUUUUGUCUUUGGUAUCACAAGAGCUAACGGAUCGGCGGUGUUCGAGUGCCUGGGCAAGUACUGGACCACAAUUCAGCCUCGUCAGAGGAGAGACUCGUCACAUGGACAAAGCUCAGAUGCAGACGUCUCGCCUGCCGACCUUGGCCGUGGUACUGAUGGCGAAGAGUCGCCAAUCCUCAGUCUGAAUGGUCGAUGGCUUGCCUUCUGCCCAGCUGCCACUCCUUCUCGAAGAUCGAUAGGAGCCGUCCUUGGGAACAGUGUUGUCCACAAUAAGAACUCGAACAUCAAUGCGGGUACAGCUCCAUCACGACCUCAAGCUACAUGUGAGGUCCAGUCUCCUGAUAUUGAUACUUUCUUCAGCAAGGUGGCCAAAGGAUUUGCACAAGAAGCCGUGAGGAGUGCGAAGUGGAUCAGUGAGAAGGGUAUGCAAACAUGGCAGACCUACUGGAAGAAGGAGCCAUACAGUGAGGGAACGACCCCGUCCAGUCCACCUGUCUAUUCGCCUCGCCUUGCAGUGGCCCAAUUCCCGCCGACUCAUGCUUUUGAUGACCAGAAUCUCUCCAGAGAUCCUGAGGUCGUUUCGAUUCUCGAUCUAAAGUUGCUUCAUGAAACCCAAGGCAGAAGAAACACCGACAUCCACCCAGUAGCGACAUUCCAACCACCAGGAGGCUGCAGCUUCCUCUCGUUCAUGCCAACAGGUCUAGGUCUUUUAUCCGCCAACAGGAAAGGUGACGUGCAAUACGUAUGGGAUCUUCAGCAAGUCAAAUACGUUAGAUUGCCGAGAGCAUCGACUCCGCCGGAUAGUGGUUGUGUUCGACAAGUCGCACGUUACGAGCGACUGAGCCCUUCCACGAUUGUCGACCUUGUUUGGGACGGGCCAACAGGCUAUCGAUUUGCCCUUCUUACGAAGAACCGAACUAUUCAUAUCUUUGAUCUGCCAAAGACCGCCUUCCAAUGGCCACCGCCCCCUGUGAAGACGCAUCGUCCAACUUCCGCUCCUGUUGAUCAGUCUCAGGCAAAGCCGGAGCAUGAGCCUGCACCAUCGGGAGGUUUCUUCGCUUCCGCUAUGAGUAUCGCGGGGCGAACUCAGCCAAUGUUGGCAAACCUUAGAGGAAGAGCGCCCAGCGUCGGAGGUGGAUUCUCUGGAUUUGGGGCUUCAGGUCUUGGACUGGCCUCUACCACGGGCAUCAAAAGUGGAAGAGCAGUAGCCGCGGGACUUAGUAAGUCGCUUGGUGCUGCUACGGAGACAGUCACCAGCCUUCGACACGCGAAUCAGAGCAGGGUCCAUCUCAAGAUCCCCGCUCGAGUGGGUAUGCCAUGUUGGCAACGACGAGAGGGAAAGUCGAUUCUGGCGAUUUUGGACUUGCACAGCAUCAAACAUUACUAUGUGCGAAUGACGAAGCCAAGAGAGGAUCGCCAGAGGCAGAUGAUAUCCGUCUUUGACGCCCGCAAAGCGGUCUCGUCGAAGCUGCCGAAGGCGACGGACCUGUCUGCUGAUCACUCGUACAAAUCUGCUUACGCAAAGCCAGACGACGAAACCGAAUCGGACACACUCUCCGGAUUCUGGAAGUACCGUGCAUCCAGAGGGGAGGCGCUCAAGAUCCCUCAUCCGCUGGCGUCUGCCGAAAUCGAAACAAAUGCUCCAUAUCAGCCCUUCCACACCGACCAUAGGGUCAGCAUAUCACUAAUCGAGGACUAUGAACCUCCGUUUAGCACUGUCAUGAGGCAAGAGGCCGAGUCUACACAGAAGUGGGUGUUUGGUGGCCAAGUACGAUUCCAUGGAACAUCAACCACUGCCAAGGUAGUAGCGGGUUAUGAUGAGUCUGACAUGUAUCGCGAAACAGACAUCAUGCCUGAUAUCUCUUCAUUGGGCACCACGCCGGUCGAAGCACUUGAGGACACGAUUGGCCAUGUUGUGAGUAACACGAAGAAGCGGAAGGGCAAGAAAGGCAAGGCACAUACGCACAUUGAUGUUGGUGGGGACGAAGAUGUUGGACGAAAUAGUGUGAGCCUGGCACGAGCCCACGAUGUGUCGCAGCAUGAAGCUACUUUCAGCCCGGACUUCGAUCUACUAGAAAGCGAGGAUCAGGUUUGAGUAAGGCAUCAUUGGGUAACAAAUGUCAUCUCCACGCGCAAAGCAAAACGCAUCAUACGGAUCGUUCAUUUCUGGCUGCAUUCGAGCUCUUUAAUACUCUCUUAGUACUGCAUGACCCGAGAGUGGUGACCUCCCGAACGAACUUCAUCCCAGCUUUGUUGCGUUCGCAAAUUGCUUGCACG